UACUAAAAAUCUCCUAGAGUCAAAUCAAUAUGAAGACAUCGAUACGUACCAUCAUCCUAAAACACGCAUCCAUGCAUCUGCCAUGUCAUUAUCACUCCCCAACUCUUGCCACGUCACCUGUCUACCAAGCACACAAGGGUACAGCCUGGCCCUCACCAAUCGUAUCCCUCCAAGUGGCAUCCUAGUGAUGGUGACUCCUUACAGCUGUCUCCACUAUAUAAACACACCUUUCCCCCCAUUCCCUAUUCACACCCAUCUUUCUACCUUCUACUUAAUCAUAUACCCUUGCCAUGGCUCCAAUUUACCAUUUUGCCACUCUCCUCAUCUUCAUCCUCACCCUUUCUCUUUCCCAGAAAUCAUCCUCUGUGCUCGUUUCGCAGCAGCCGCUUGUGCUAAAAUACCACAACGGCGAGCUUCUCAGAGGUCCGGUGACCGUUAAUCUUGUUUGGUAUGGCAAGUUUACGCCGACCCAACGCUCCGUAAUCGUCGAUUUCUUACAGUCGUUGAACACGCUUAAAGGGUCGAGAAAGGCGGCGGCGACACCACUUCCCUCCGUCGCGUCAUGGUGGAAGACUACCGAGAAGUAUCAUAACGGCUCCUCUGCGGUAGUUGUCGGCAAACAGAUCCUCGACGAGAACUAUUCUCUGGGGAAGUUGCUAAAAAACUACCAUAUUCAAUAUCUUGCUACUAAAGUCGCUCAACCCAAGUCGAUAAACGUCGUGUUAACGGCGAAAGAGGUCGGAGUCGAGGGGUUCUGCAUGAGCCGGUGCGGUACUCACGGCUCCACCAAAGUGAAGCCGAGAGUAGCGUAUGCUUGGGUUGGGAAUUCGGAAACGCAGUGCCCAGGUCAGUGUGCUUGGCCGUUUCAUCAACCAAUUUAUGGCCCGCAAUCGCCGCCUUUGGUUUCUCCGAACGGCGACGUCGGUGUAGACGGAAUGGUGAUCAACUUGGCGACGGUGUUGGCUGGAGCCGUCACCAACCCGUUUAACCAAGGGUAUUUUCAAGGAUCGGCUACGGCGCCAUUGGAGGCGGUGUCAGCUUGUACCGGGAUGUUCGGGUCGGGUGCUUACCCGGGUUACGCAGGUCAAGUUUUAGUGGAUAAGACGAGCGGCGCGAGUUAUAAUGCUCACGGGUUAAACGGGAGAAAGUAUCUAGUCCCAGCCAUGUGGGACCCAAAGACCUCUGCUUGUUCUACACUAGUCUGAAGGGUAUGAUCCGGUGCGGGCGUGUACACUAUUCUAAUAUGGGUAUGAUCCAGUGCGAUGCGUAAGAUGUUGCCACUUAUUGGUAGCGUGGUAGUGGUGGGGGCUUGGCAAACUCGGUUGUUUGUCGUUUUGUGUGACGUGUAAAUUCUGAUCCUUUUUUUCUGUAAGAAAAAGAAUGUAUAAAAAAGUUUGUGUCUGAUAUAAAUAAGUCGUCUUUUUAUGAAAAA